AUGGCACACCAACUUACGCCUGCGACUACGAAUAUCGCAGGAAGUUUGAACAUGACUGCAGUUGAUCAGAAGAAUCCAGAAAGUUCAUCGCGAAUUGAGAGAGUGUUUCCCAUCCGUAUUGAAACAGGGUCAGAAAUACUUGAUCCAAAGUCUAAUGAUUCUAGUGUUGCGAAAUAUCAGAAUGUGUCGGACAUCACAGUUUCUAAAGUUGAUCCGGUUGUUGUGUCCGAUGUCGAUAGUGCCAUCGAGACAAAAGCUCCAAAAGUUGUUUUGGCAGAAUCUUGCCGGCCAUCAUCACCAUCCGAACGCACUUUCAUUACAAGUUCGAUUCAUCAUUUACUUUCUGACAAUCAAUCUACUAUCAACCGUGCCAAUGACGAGAGAGUCCUCCGUUGCGAAGAUGAGCCCAUUCAGAUUCCGGGAUCGAUCCAAAGCUUCGGAGCAUUGAUAGCUCUUGAAGAGAAAGAGGACGGACAAUUCUCGGUCCGAAUUGCAAGUGAGAAUUCUCAAACCAUCAUUGGUCGAGGACCCGAAGACCUGUUUGAACUCUCUUGUUUCACCCAACUGCUCAGUCCAGUGUACAAAUCAGACUUCAAAGCUCGAAUUGAAGCCAGAAAACUGUGGCAUAAAAAAGAAAAUCUCAAAGCAUAUCCAGAUACUUUCACAAUGAUGCUUGAAUCGAUUCCACAUACUCCUAUGUAUUGCGCUUUGCAUUUUCGUGAGGAUGCGGGCUUGUUUAUAUGCGAGUUCGAAGCAAAGAAUGAUCUAAUGACUGACAUUCCUCCGGAGAAUUCAAGCUUGCCUGGUGAAUCGGUCAACGUUAUUGACAAUCAAGCUACAGAGGAGGAGCGAAUCAUAUCAAUCACGAAGUAUAGUGAGCCAUUUCGCACAUUGCAGAGAACAAACAGGCUCGGAGAGAUGGAGAUGUUUCAUCUCGGCUGUGAGGUUCAGGAGCAGCUCAAUUCGGCCAUUUCAAUAGCAUCUCUGCUAGACAUUGUCGUUGGUCUCGUGUUCGAUUUGACCGGAUUCCACAGAGUUAUGGCUUAUCAGUUUGAUGAAGAUGAUGCAGGCCUGGUCAGAGCAGAAUACAUUGACGAGAGAGCGUCUUUAGACCUUUAUCGUGGGCUCAAGUUCCCGAAUUCUGACAUCCCAAUUCAAGCUCGGCAGCUCUACCAACUCAACAAGAUACGAUUGCUUUAUGAUCGAAAGCAAAAGACAGCAAGACUCAUGUCUUCAACUAAGCAACAUAAUCCCAAAAGUCUUAAUCUUUCAUCGGCGUAUUUGAGGGCCAUGUCACCUGUUCACAUCAAAUACCUGGCAAAUAUGGGUGUGCGAGCAUCAUUUUCGAUCUCUUUGAUUGUAGAGGGACGAUUAUGGGGCUUGAUCUCUUGCCAUGAUUAUGGUCUGGAAGGGAAAAGAGUCUCAUUUCCAAUGAGGGAGUUGUGCCGAAGUUUAGGUGAUUGUACGAGUAACAACAUCGAAAAACUACUCUACCUUUCCCGGAUACAAGCGCGAAGACAUCUCGGCAAAGCCCCUACUAAGGUCUCACCAUCCCAAUAUGUUGCUGCUUCAUCAAGAGAUCUAUUGCAAAUGUUCGAAGCAGACUUUGGGUUCUUGGCCAUUAAGGACGAGGCAAGAACAAUCGGACGCUUGUUUGCCUACAAUGAAAGCAUUUCUUUACUUCAGUAUAUCCGCAGGAAGUCACAUACAUCCGUUUUUUAUACUCAAAACAUCUCCGCGGACUGCACAGAUAUCAUGUUUCCUUCGCGCUUCGUUUUGAUUUCUGGAUUUCUUGUGAUUCCACUAGCUUUGUCAGGAUCUGACUUCUUGGUCUUCUUCCGCAAAGGACAGCUAAAAGAAGUGAAAUGGGCCGGCAAUCCAAACGAGAAGGUCUAUAAACCCGGUACAAGUUACCUUGAACCAAGAGCAAGUUUCAAAAGAUGGAGCGAACACGUGAUAGGUACUAGUCGAGAAUGGACUCGAGAGCAAGUUGAGUCGGCAGGGGUUUUAAGCGCACUUUACGGAAGAUUUAUUGAAGUCUGGCGACAAAAAGAGGCUAUUGUACAGCAGAAUCGUAUGACAAGACUUUUAAUACGACAAGCGGGAGCUGAAGUCCGAAACCCAUUAAACGCUAUAAUUGGUUACCUUGAAAUAGCGCUUGAAGAGGUUCUCGAUGAUAAAGCCCGUCUGCACUUGGAGAAAUCUCUAGGUGCAUCAAGAUCUCUUAUAUUUGUGGUGAACGAUCUUCUUAAUUUGACCGAGGCAGAAGGAGAAGAUCCGGAGAUGUCCCAUGAUAAUGUUGUUUUGUCAGAAAUGAUGGCCGAUGUUAUCGAAGAUUUUGGUGCUGAAUGCCGAAAGAAGAGGUUACAUAUCAAAUUUGACGAGAGCCAGAAUGUUCCCCCAAUGGUAAAAUGUGAUGGCAUUCGUUUAAGACAAACCAUCUCGAACUUGCUGUCAAAUUCUGUCAAACAUUCGACGGCUGGUGAUGUGGUAGUCGGAUUGAAGAAGGUUGAAUCUGACGAAGACAAGACUCGAGUGGAGAUGUUUUUCACAGAUAACGGUUCCGGAUUUACGGAGUCUGAACUUGACGGUAUAUUCCAAGAUUUCGAGAAAGUUCUUGACGAUGAUCACGACGUGGACGCAUCACCGAUCCUUGGCCCCGAUAAGUCAUCCAUAGGCCUAGGUCUGGCAGUGGCAGCGAGAUUUGUUAGGCUCAACGAUGGUAAAAUAGUCAUAAAUACGGAGCCAGGACACGGAACUACAGUUACUGUAUCCAUACCAUUCCGGAACUCUGACAAAGGGCGUCCCUUCAAUGCAAGAACCCCACGUGAAGACACCUCAAAUCCACCAACCAGCACUGAAUUUCCCACUCCUAUGUCCAGGACGUCUUCCGAACAUGGCGGAAGAUGUGAUACACCCGAAGGAUUCGUUGUACCUCCUCCUACUCCACUAAAGGAACCCUUCUCCGUCUCUACCACAGAAUUGCUCGAAACUCCCGAAUCAAUACCCAGUGCCUCGGCCUCUCAACCAUCGGCCUCCGCGAAAUCCGCAACCACAAAUUCCGAUUACCAACUUCAAUAUCCAUUUCCCAUCAUGGACCUUCCCCCUCAACCCGAGAUUCGCAAUCUCAAUGUCCUAGUCGCGGAAGAUAAUCCACUUAACAGUCGUCUUUUGGAAGAGCGCCUGAGGAAAAGAGGACAUGUGGUAACGGUCAAGAUUAAUGGGCAGGCUUGUGCAGAUGCUGUGAAAGCUACGCCGGAUGGAUUUGAUAUCGUUUUGAUGGAUAUACAGAUGCCCAUAGCCAACGGAUUCGAAUCCACAUUUAUGAUCCGCGCUUUCGAGAAAGAGACCAAUCCGCCAGUCUCCAAGCGCGCGAGUGUUUAUGGUCGUCUACCAAUCAUAGCUGUCUCGGCUAGUCUAGACGAACAAAAAAGAGAGGAAUACAUAGAGCUUGGAUUUGAUGGAUGGAUUCUCAAGCCCAUAAAUUUCAAAAGGUUGGAGGAGAUCUUGGCGAGUGUCGAGGAUGAUGCGAAAAGGGAGAAGUUGUUGUAUGGGAACGACAAUGUGGCGUGGGGGAAGGGAGGCUGGCUCAAAUUGAAGAAAGGAUUCGAUAUUUUGAUUGAGCAACAGAAGCAUGGGGCAAAUAGCGAAGAUAUCUGGCAUAAUCACUCGUUGAGCCCAAUAUUGGCAUUGGAGUUUUACCGUACUUUUACUGGCACAUUGUUGAUUCUUGCGGCUGAAGGCCCCUUUCUGAACAUAUAUGAUGUCGAAAGCUCGAGACUGAUCAGUCAAUGUCGAAUCUUUGACUCACAGGCCAUUCACGGUAUCAUUAUUAGAGAAUUGAACAAUGAUGCUGGUGAUAGUCUACAGGUAGUCGUUUGGGGUGGGUCAUGUUUGACCUUAAUUUGUAGAUCGCAAAUUCAGGAUAUCAUAUCUCAACAUGUGAUUAGUAUCACAGAGACAGCGACAUCCGCCAGUGAUUGGGUCCUCAGUGUUGCUUUUUGUCCUUGGGACAAGGAAGGCUGUGUUAUGGUCACUGCUCAUAAUGCAAUGCUCCAGGCAACGCUGUUGGAGAAAGCAGGAUCAAUAAUACUACGUCAAUUACAACCUUCUUCACGGUCCAUGUUGUAUUCUGCCAGUCUCGUUUGCGAAAACCAAGAUACAGUCAUAGUAGCUGCAGGAACUAUCUUUGGUGAGAUUAUAGUGUGGAAAUGUGUUGCUACCGAUGAUAGCUCUGCAUUUAGCAAUGAGGCUCUUUUUGUUUUCACUGGUCAUGAGGGUUCGAUUUUCGGUGUUGAUAUAUCUCCACUGAUCAUGGGAGAUGAUGGAAAGACUACUCGGUUGCUAGCAAGUUGUAGUGACGAUCGUACGAUCCGGAUAUGGAACCUUGCCGAGGGUGCACAGAAUGAUGUAGAUGCUAUGAAGCUGGCUGCCGACUUACUGCCACGAGAGACAGGUUUUGGCGAGCAUGCUGAAUCCCAACAUGACUCUAAUGGUUUCAAUAGAUGUGUUGCUAUGACCAUGGGCCAUAUAUCUCGUAUAUGGGGUGUCAAAUUUCACUGUCCUAAUAUAUCAGAGUUUGGCUCUUCAUCACUUACCAUUCUGUCUUUCGGAGAAGAUUCGACAGCUCAACAAUGGGCACUAGAACUCGGGAGUGAGCUUCAGAAUGGGGGCAAAACUACUGGUAUUCUAGAUCUUAAUCUUUCCAAAAUUAGUCCAAACACUCCUGCCAAACUGACGCAUAUCAAAACAUUCGCUUUCCAUACCGGGAAGCACAUUUGGUCGGCAGCUGUCACUCAGAUAGAAAGCAAUCGGAGUCUCCUCGCCACUGGUGGAGCAGAUGGAAAAAUAUCAACGUAUUGUUUUGACGAGAGAGAAACAAAUCCAGCUUUAGUAGACUCGUUAACUAAUACUGCCGCUAAAGAGUAUUCCGUUGAAGGUUCAUUUUCUUCUGUAGCUUUUGAGCUUGAGGAGGUAUUCGAAUCUCUUAGCACUGCAGAAAAUUGUCCUAGAACUGAGCAAAAGCAAGAAUCCAUGGUAUCGAAGAAAAAGUCACCCAAAGAUGCUUUCAAUCGUUAUGCCUUCGUAUCUGAAGGUGCCUUUCUUAUUACAACAUCAUUUGGGAGAAUUCUCAAAGCAACAAUCGAAGAUCGUGUUACGUUCGAAGAACUCGCUUUGCCCGGAUCGAAUGCCCAGGAUCUCAAGUCAUACUCUAUUUUGAAGGGAAGUUCAACUCUGAAACUAUGCUUCUUGGGGGGUACCAAUGGGAAGAUAUUUAUUUACCAACCAGGACUACCCAUCAUCGAGAUAGGGCACGUUGAGCGAAAGCCAUCUGAUAUGUUUAUUGUUCCCAAACAAGACAAAAAAUCUGUUGACUUAUUGGUCACGUUGGUAGGAACCCAAGAACUGACGAUAUUUUCCCUUGAUAUGCAAAAUAAACAAUCUUUCGGGUCACAUUGUAUUGUCAAAAGGACUCUCUCUUUGCCCCUGAAGUUUAUAGUCACAGGAGCCGGUAGAUCUGACGAUCAUCUUAUAAUUGGCUCUAGAGAAGGUCAAAUUGUAAUAGAAGACAUCGAUUGUGAUACCUUGAGUACAUGGAAUUCGUCUAGUAGGAAAGAUGCCAUCACUUCCAUCGUUGCUGUCCCAAAGUCAGAAGCUCAACAGACCACAAGCUAUUUCGCAAUCACCAGUCGAGAUGGUUUAUAUGCCAUCUUAUCCUACAAUAAGACUGAACCAGAAAUUACAUCGAGGAUUUCAUGUGUACAUAGUGCUGCACCGCCGUUCGGACCUAUGAUUGAAGCGUGUUGGUUUCAGGGCUCUGAUCUCAUUCUAUACGGCUUCAAAAGCAAAAGUCUCAUUGUCUGGAACGAGACCAAACAAUCUGAGAUCAUGCGCAUUGACUGCGGAGGCGCACAUCGAGCUCAUGCAUAUUCUCCACAUAAGGAUAAUAGAGGAGGUGGCAGUGGUCACUUGAUAUAUACGAAAGCGACCCAACUAUAUCUUCACCACCAAAAAGUCCCCUCGCAUCGCACCAUCAAGCCCGGUGGCCAUGGACGAGAAAUCAAAGCUUGUGCCGUAGGAGGUUUUCCCCAAAUGAUAGCCACCGGUGCCGAAGACACCAAUAUAAGAAUAUGGCGCUACACAGACGACCAGAACCAUCUUUCCUCCUCGAAGAGCCUCAACUGCCUCACUGUAAUCCAAAAACACACAUCAGGCAUCCAGCAUCUCCACUGGCACAACUCGCACUAUCUCUUCAGCAGCGGCGGCGUCGAAGAAUUCUACAUCUGGGCCCUGCAAGAAAUUCCCGGAUUCGGCCUCGGAGUCCUGUGCGAAGCCUCGUGUCCCGAUCCCACUGACGAACAGGAUUUACGCAUCAUGUCGUUUGACGUUUCGGAUGUUCCUGGUAGUACUUUGGCGGAAAUGAUAAUUACGCUCGCUUAUUCCGAUUCUACCAUGCGCACUUAUGUGUAUUGCAAAACACGCGGGUUUGAAUUACUCGUGAAGGGUAAAUAUACAUCGGCGUGUCUGACGCAACUUGUUCAUCUGCGCGUGUCUAGAACGGAGAUACAUUUCUUGACUGCUGCAACGGACGGGAGUCUUUGCAUCUGGGUCGCUCCUCUCACUCUUCUUACCCCUUUUACUCCACCUACUCUCCCCUCUCUACCCCCAACCCCAACCCGCAACCCCAAAACCCAAGAACCUACCCUCCUCUCCCACAAAAAAAAUCAUCAAAAUGCUAUAAAAUCCCUCUCCUUCACCUUCACACACUCUCUCAAAGAUUCAUAUCUAAUCAUCGUUACUGGCGGCGAUGAUAACGCGUUAGGUAUAACUCUAUACCCCAUCUCCAACAUCUCCAACACCAUCAAUACCGAUGAAACCUCUGAAGUACUUCCCGAAUUUCAAUUUCAAUUUCAAACUCCGACUACGAUAUUAUUGCCCGAUGCUCAUGCUGCGGCUGUUACGGGGGCGGAUUUUGUUUCGGGUUUUAAAGAUGGAGUUAGAGAUCAAGAUGGAGAUCAAGAUGGAGAUCAAGAUGCAAAUGCAAAUGUAAAUGAGGAUAAAUACAUAAUAUCCACAAGCACAGAUCAAAGAGUCAAAACGUGGCGGAUAAGGAUAAGAGUUCCCAGGCUUGGAGCAAAGGGAGGAGGAAGAGGAAGAGAAGAUGCACCGGUGUGUCCAGUGGAUAUUGAAAUGGUUGGGGAUGAAUUUACGGCGGUUAGUGAUAUUGGGGAUGUGGGGAUUGUUUCUGGAAGAAGAAGAAGUGGUGAUGGUGAGAUAGAUGGGCGUGAGACGAAGGUGGUUAUUGUUGGGAAUGGGAUUGAGGUUUGGGGGGUGGGGGUGGGAGGUAGAGGGGAUUAA